AUGGCCUCAGCGAUCGCAAAUGAUUCACCCAAAUAUCGAAAUAGUUUAAUAUGCUGCAGUCCUCGUACAGUUGUGGAGUCUUUAUCAUCGUCCUCGACAUCAGGCUGCGUAUCAGCAGACGAAAGCACUGACUCCAACUACAUUCCAAAGUCGAUAGCGAAUAAAAAACUCAAGAUACACAGUGCAGCAACGCGUGAGGAAAUUGAGAAAGCGAUAAACCAGUGCAAGGAACUUGUUUUAAACAGUCCGCAGUGUUCUGACGAAAGGAAAUGGUUAGUUAGAUACCUGGUUGAACUGAGACUAAGGUUAGAGGACUUAAAAGACAGUGAUGGCCAAUUAAGAAGUAAAAUAACAAUAAAAGGGCAUCAUUUUGAGCAACAAACAAACACAGGUAACAGAAAACAAUACUGUGACCAUUGCAGCGGAGUUAUAUGGAGUAUAGUACAGAGCUCUUACAUUUGUACUGAUUGCAAUUAUGUGUGCCAUUAUAAAUGCGUCGACGACGUGUGUAGGAUAUGCGCGCACGUUGUUAUGACUGAGAAGGGCCAAUUUGAAAUGAACAUUUGCCCUGAGAAAGGUUUAGCUGCUCAAGACUAUAAGUGUGCUGAAUGUCAAACGACUUUAACAUUUAAGGACUCAUGGAAUGAGCCAAGGUUAUGUGACUACACUGGGAUGUACUUUUGUACGACGUGUCAUUGGAACGAUCUAUUUGCUAUACCAGCUAGAGUUAUUCACAAUUGGGAUUGGGAGAAGAAGAAUGUCUCACGAUUAGCAUUUCAAAUGCUUACACUGUCCUGGUCGAGACCCUACAUUGAUGUAGAGAAUGUCAAUUCUAAACUUUUCAGCUUUAUUGCCGAGUUAGAGUGGGUACACAAGAUGCGUAAAGACCUUGAAUGGAUGAAGAGAUAUUUAUGUGCAUGCCCAGAGGGCACAAGUUUGCUAUCACCUUUAUUUAUACAAUUGGGAGACGUAAAUAAGAAAUACAGCAUGUCACACUUGCAAGCCAUCAAUGAUGGUAGCUUAGAGACGCAAUUGACCGAGUUAACAGAAGUUUGCCGUGCACAUAUCACAAAAUGUGAACUGUGUGCCGGCAAAGGCUAUUUGUGUGAGGUCUGUGGAAAUAAUGAGGUUUUAUAUCCGUUUGACAGUGGUGCAAUAAUGUGCGACCGUUGCAACUCUAUGUACCACAGAGGCUGCUGGCUUCGUAAAGGCCAGAAGUGUUUGAAAUGCGUGAGAAUAGACGAGAGGAAGAAGUUACAAGUAAAUGAUGAUGUGGACUCAAAUCUUGAAUUUGAUAUUGAUAAGUUUGUACAAUAG